CAGAUAUGAUGGAUAAAGGUCACUCCAGCGUCGUCAGUGAAGUGCAGCUGUGGGUGAAAGUCUUAGUCCUUUCACUCUUUGUCUGAGGAGCUUCAGCUUCAGGCUUGUUCGUUCUGUCUGCAGACACAGCGAGAGGUUGAAUACAAAUGCUGUGACAGUGGCCUCCUAAGAUGAAGAGCAUUCUGAAGGAGAAGCGGAUAAAGCUGCCGGAGGGUGAGGGGGGGAGUCUGGGCAGCUCUGUUUCAGCAGUGCGCUGGGCUCAACCGGACCAGGACCUGCAGACCCACAGCUCAGCACCCAGCAAGAGCAGCAGCGCUCACCGACAGAAGGAUCUGGGGGAUUUGCGGAGUCUGCAGGAGUGUGUGAAGUUCCUCAGACAGUGGAAACAGGAGGUGGAGCGAGUCUGUAAGCCUGGUGGUGGCGCUCUACCUGUCAGCUCCAGUGCUAACAGUGCUGCUGAGCCCCGCAGUCUGGAGCAGUGCCGUAAACUCAUCCUGCAGUGGGCCGACGAACUCAAGAACGUCAACACUCUGUUCAGUGAAUGUGAAGAGAGGCAGGAGAAAGAUGCAUGCUGGGAAACAAAGGAGAACAAGGCUGAUUCAGCCGUGGAGGCAGAGCAGAGGAUCAUGGAGUGGGCUAAAGAACUGCAGGCGGUCUCAGAGAGCUGUGGGGUGAUGAGAGAGGAACUCGCUCAGACUCUGAGGCAGCUGGAGCUGAAGAAGAAGAAGCUGCUGACUCUGCUGCCCUUCCUGGAGUUCAUCACAUGGUCUCUGCUCAGACAUGACCAGGGUUUGGUUUCUCAGGUGUGGCUGUUAUGUAAGCAACGUACCUGGAAAACAGAAACUCCGAAGUACAUUCCAAAUUCAGUGUGGAUGUGGAUCUGCAGCGCUGCAGUUGACGUCUCUAUGGACCCGCUGACCAACCACCGCUGGCUGCAGGUGUCAGAUGACCGUAAGCGUGUCCAGGAGGCUCUCAGUGAGACGGAGGUGGAGCCUAACGUGCAGCGGUUCGACGGUUGGCCGUGCGUGCUGGGCUGGCAGGGUUUCUCUUCCGGACGUCAUUACUGGGAGGUCGAAGUGGCCAACAACGGAUACUGGCGUCUCGGGGUGACCACGGCAUCGUCCAAACGCCACGGACGGCUCCCCAUGAGCCCCUGCCAGGGAUUCUGGGUAAUCUGGAGGAGCACUCGGCAGUUCUAUGCCUGCACCAAACCUGAAACCCCGCUGCCCCUCACACUGGUGCCCAAGAGAGUGGGCAUCUACCUGGACUUUGAGGAGGGUCAGGUGUCCUUCUAUAACGCAGAGGCACGCUCACAUAUCUACACCUUUACUGGACACUUCAAAGAGAAACUGUAUCCACUCUUUGCACCGCUGGACGGACGCACCCUCAUGACGCUUCGGUCACCGGACACACCACCAGAGACUUAGGAGAUGCCAACGUGCCCCUUUAGUAGAACUUAACUGUUGAGUCUCCGCCCACAACUGUGUUCUUUCAGAGCUGCUGCUGUGAAGCUUUACAGACAAAUCCCAUCCAAACACACGACUCAGUUUAUAUCACAAUACCUACAUUUAGAGUCAGUUAUUCAUUCAGCCUAAUGAGAAACUGUAGAACAGACUCAGUUUAUACCACAAUACCUACA